AUGUUGAAGGGGGCGACAGUCACGGGCGGCGGCCGCGAGGGUGGCGGCAGUAGCAAUGCGGCGCUGAACAGCAACCUGUCGAGCGAAGAGUUAGCCAACAUCGAGAGCCUCACCGACGCGCAGCUCCGCACCCGCGCAAAUCAUCUGCAGCGCGAGAUCCAGCAGCUGAAGAACGAGGAGCGUGCAAAGAUGAACGAGCUGCAGCGCCUCAAGAAGGUACUAGAGGAUGACAGAAAACGUGUCAAGGACAACAACAAGCUGCCGUACCUAGUGGCCAGCGUAGCGGAGGUGCUUGACAUGGACGACGACGAGGGAGAGGACGAGGAGCUUGACGUCGGCAAGAAGAAGUCGAAGCGCAAGCAGAAGAGCGUUGUAAUCAAGACGACGACCCGCCAGACGGUCUUCCUGCCGGUUGUCGGCCUCGUGGACGCGAACAAGUUGGAGCCGCAGGACCUUGUCGGCGUGAACAAGGACACGUAUCUCGUGCUUGACACGCUGCCGCCGGAGUACGACAGCCGAGUCAAGGCGAUGGAGAUCGAGGAGAAGCCGAAGGAAAGCUACACCGACGUUGGCGGCCUUGACAAGCAGAUCAACGAGAUGAUCGAGGCCGUCGUGCUGCCGAUUACGGAGAAGGAGAAGUACGAGCGUAUCGGCAUCAAGCCGCCCAAGGGCGUGCUGCUGUACGGGUCGCCGGGAACCGGCAAGACGAUGCUCGCGCGUGCCUGCGCGGCGGCGACGGACGCCUGUUUCCUGCGUCUCGCGGGGCCGCAGCUGGUGCAGAUGUACAUCGGUGAGGGCGCCCGCAUCCUGCGCGACGCCUUCGCGCUCGCCAAGAAGAAGGCGCCGACGAUCAUCUUCAUUGACGAGCUCGACGCCAUCGGCUCGCGGCGCAGCGACGCGGGCGGUAAGCACGGCUCGCGUGAGGUUCAGCGCACGAUGCUGGAGCUCCUCUCGCAGCUCGACGGCUUCGGCAGCACCGACGACGUGAAGGUCAUCGCCGCGACGAACCGCAUCGACGUGCUCGACCCCGCGCUGCUGCGAAGCGGGCGCCUCGACAGAAAGGUGGAGUUCACGCUGCCCGACGAGGAGUCGCGCGCCCGCAUCCUCGAGAUUCACUCACGCCGCAUGGCCCUCCACAGCGACGUCAACUUUGAGGAGAUCGCGCGCAUGACGGAGGACAUGAGCGGCGCGCAGCUGAAGGCGGUGUGCGUCGAGGCGGGCAUGCUGGCGCUGCGCAACGACCGAGCGUACGUGGCGCACGAGAACUUCGCAGAUGGCGUCGCCGCCGUGCAGGCCCGCAAGAAGUCCAGCCUGAACUACUACGCCUGA